CGCGCAGAGCGUGGGCUGGUGUCGCGCGCACGGUGGGUGGGAGUGUUUCCUGUUCCCGGCAUCCUCCGCGCGGCCUGUAUUCCUUCCUAUCCCCCCCAAUCCUUUCCCGAUUCGGCUGUGUCGGUAAGAUGGCGGCAGUGGGCCUGCGACAGGGAGACCUCGUCUGGGGCAAGCUUGGCCGAUACCCACCAUGGCCCGGCAAGAUCGUCAACCCGCCUAAAGACUUAAAGAAACCGCGUGGCAAGAAAUGCCUGUUCGUGAAGUUUUUUGGCACAGAGGACCACGCUUGGAUUAAAGUGGAGCAGCUGAAGCCGUACCAUCCCCACAAAGAGGAGAUGACCAAAGUCAACAAAGGCAAGCGCUUCCAACAGGCUGUGGACGCCGUCGAGGAGUUCCUAAAGAAAGCGAAGGCGAAGGAACAGAGUAAUGAAGAGAAGGGCAAAGGAGCUGGAGGCAAGAAAGGCGAGGGAAGAGCCAAGAAAGUCGGUGGAGAAAGGAAGAGGAAGUCUUCUGAUUCCGGCAGUCACUCCCCGCAGAAAAAGUCCCGUGACCAGAGUCCCCGCAAGCGCGGGAGACCCCCGAAAGAAGACAAGGACCCAUUGGUGCCACAGCCCAGCACCCUGAAGAAGCUAGCAAUGAAAACUGUCUCUCGGUUCAGCUGGCCCCCGCCUUCAAGCGAGGACGAGCUUCCAGGAGACAGCUGGCUGCUUCACAGUCACAGGACCCUCGGCACAGAAAUGAUCCUGAAAAAGCCCAGCGUCACGUACCAGGCCAUCAGUAAGAGGCUCAAAGUGUCCGAGGAGGACAGCGGCUCGACGUCCAUCCAAGCAGCAGACAGCACGGCCAUCAACGGCAACAUCACGCCCACCGACAAAAAGAUCGGUUUCCUCGGGCUGGGGCUGAUGGGAAGCGGCAUCGUUUCCAACCUUCUGAAAAUGGGACACAGUGUAACCGUGUGGAACAGGACAGCCGAAAAGAAAACGGCUGGAGGAAUUCCCAGUGAAGUGUGGGAUCAGGAUGACAGCGUUAAGUGCGAUCUGUUCAUCCAGGAAGGAGCCCUCCUGGGCCGGACUCCAGCAGAGGUGGUCUCCACCUGCGACAUCACGUUCGCCUGCGUCGCGGAUCCCAAAGCAGCGAAAGAUUUGGUGUUGGGACCCAGCGGCGUCCUCCAGGGUAUCCGUCCAGGAAAAUGCUACGUGGACAUGUCGACGGUGGACCCCGAAACUGUGGCCGAAGUCGCUCAGGUGAUCGUGUCCCGGGGCGGACGGUUCCUGGAGGCCCCGGUGUCUGGUAACCAACAGCUGUCCAAUGACGGCAUGCUGGUGAUCCUGGCCGCCGGGGACCAAGGCGUCUACGAAGACUGCAGCAGCUGCUUCCAGGCCAUGGGGAAAGCUUCGUUCUUUCUAGGUGACGUGGGGAACGCAGCCAGAAUGAUGCUCAUCCUCAACAUGGUUCAGGGCAGCUUCAUGGCCACAAUAGCGGAAGGAAUGACCUUGGCGCAGGUCACCGGCCAGUCCCAACAGACCCUGCUGGACAUCCUGAAUCAGGGGCAGCUGGCGAGCGUUUUCCUGGACCAGAAGUGCCAAAACAUCCUACAAGGAAACUUCAAACCAGACUUCUACUUAAAGUACAUCCAGAAGGAUCUGAGGUUAGCCAUCUCGCUCGGGGACUCCGUCAAUCACCCGACUCCAAUGGCGGCCGCCGCCAACGAGGUCUACAAGAGAGCGAAAGCAUUGGACCAAUCAGACAACGACAUGUCUGCCGUGUACCGGGCCUACAUACAUUAGGCCCCCCCGUGUUCUCCUCUGAAGAUUAUAUCUAUACCUUGUUUUUAACCCCUCACCAAGUCCAUCCCUGACUCCUCUCUCAUGAUCCUUCACUUUUUAGUUUUUGGCCCCCCCCCCAACACCGACGUCCGCCCCGCCG